UACAAAAAGCAAACCGGUUGUUCGCCUUCAUUAAAGUAACGAAGAAGAAGAAGAAGAAACGCUCACGUUAUUUGUCAACACUUUCAGAAAGUAUGCGCUAAAUGGUAACUUUGUCUUUUACUGAGCACGAUGGCUUCUCAGAGAGUGCUGCCUCAGAGCAAAGAGACUCUGCUUCAGAACUACAACAAGAGACUGAAGGAUGACAUCAGGUCCAUCCUGGAUAACUUCACAGAAAUUGUCAAAACAGCAAAGAUAGAGGAUGAGACACAGGUUGCCAGAGCAACGCAGGCAGAGCAGGACCAUUAUGAGAUGCACGUCAGAGCGGCCAACAUUGUACGAGCUGGUGAGUCCCUGAUGAAGCUGGUGUCUGAUCUGAAGCAGUUUCUGAUUCUCAACGACUUUCCCUCUGUGAACGAUGCAAUCAGCCUCCAGAACCAGCAGCUCCGCUCGCUGCAGGAGGAGUGUGACAAGAAGCUCACCUCACUCCGUGAUGAGAUCGCCAUCGACCUGUAUGAGCUAGAGGAAGAAUAUUACUCCUCCAGCUACAGUCAGUGGGACAGCACUGAUCUGCCACUGUGUGACGCCUACCGCCACAGAGACAGCUGGGCUUCCCCUGGCAGCAGCUGCAGCUCCACCCAGGGAGACAGAGAGGAUGUGGAGGGACCUCCUUCACAGGAGACGGUCCCACAACACCACGUCAACGGACACGGGACAUCUUCUAUAGAGAAAUCAUAAGGAGGAACAUGGACAAAGACUGGAACACUAGUGCCCAUUUUGUACUGUAUUGUUUUAUUCAUAUACAAUUAGGUCUGCAACUGUUUUUUUUUUAUUUUCUGUGAUGGACUUAAACCUCGGCUUUGUGAAUUUGCAGCAUUUUCUUUUUUUAACCAAGUGUACAAUUUGAAUAAUCUUGUGUGACUUGGCUUAAAGCUACUGUGAGGAGCUUUUAGUUUGUCCAUUUUCUUUGGCGCCCCCUGUGGACAAAACAGCACAUCUUGUUUAGCCUACUGUAAGUUAUCUCGUGACACCUACCCUGUAGCAGCAGUUUCAGAUGAAAUUUACAAUGCAGAAAUAGUCAAUCUUUAUGCUGAUGGUCUUAUUUGAUUUUUUUGUGGGUCAUAUAUAACCAUCCUUAUUCAUUUCAGUGUCUUCCAUAGCCAGCUAAAAGCUCCUCACAGGGGCUUUAAGUAGUGAAAAUAAGUGAUCUAACCUUAAAAGUGUACGCUUGUUUUUUUGUUAUUGCUUUAUUUUUUCUUACUCCUAUCACGUCUCUUAAUAAAAGGACAAUUUAAA